UACACAUAUAUAAUACAAAGUAGUUCGUCUCUUUCUCUCUCUAUCGAGAAGGCGAUUGCAGAGAACACUCAGUACUGUAAAAGAGAGAAAAGGAGAGAGAAUUCAAGAACUGAGAAAACGAUAUCUGAGAAGUUUUCUUUUUAACAACACAUAAGAGGGUCUGCAAUUUGAUUUGAUGAAUAUGAUGGUGAUGAUGAUAUCAUGGAAGUAGUAAAUUCAAGAAAACCUAGUGAAUUAUUCUAUGUCACAAGAUUAUAUGUUCAAUUUCCCACAUGGGUUCCAGAGAUCAACGUCAGCUCAAGAUCAGAUCCGGAGAUUAGAAGAAAUGGAUGAGGGACAUGGUGGUUUACCGGCGGUGUACGAGACCGGAGCCGGGAUGUUGUCCGAAUUGUUCAGUUUCCCAACUGCUACAACAAAUACCAAUACCAAUUCCGAAUUGUUGGUGAACCAGAUGAAUAAUUACCAACAACACAAUCGCGUAAACCGGUCGGUAACCGGUGGAGAUUGGUAUGGUAACACCACCGCUCAAGCCAUGCAACUUUUUAUGACAAACCCUAAUCAAGAAUCACCAUCUGCCGAUUCUACCCUUCACCAUCAACAAAACUUUGGAACCGGACAAGGGCAUUUUGGUCCUUCAACACAAUUCACAUGGGUUGCUCCGGCUGGUGGUACUACAUCUCAUGAUGGUGAAACCGUCGGUGGUGUUCUUGAAGUCCCCCUUUCACUUUCAUUAUCUUCUGCUAAAAUUGAGGACUUGAGAAUUAAUGAUGAUUCGGCCGCCGCUGGAAUGUUGUACUUUAAUCAAGUUAGUGGUGGUGGUGGUGGUGGUGGUGGCGAUCUUUACCGGAAUUUGCAUAUGGGUCAGACCAACCAUCCGAUUCAUAUCGGGUUCGGAUCGAAUUCAUUAGGAGUUGUAAAAGUGCUUAGAAAUUCAAGGUAUGUGAAGCCUGCUCAAGAAUUGUUGGAAGAGUUUUGUAGUGUUGGAAGGGGCAAUUUCAAGAGAAACAAAUCCGGGUCAAAACAUAAUAAUUCGAAACCGAAUCCGAGUAAUAGUAGCGGCGGUGGUGGUGCAUCUUCUUCUUCAUCUAAAGAUCUCCCUCCUUUGUCAUCAGCAGAGAGAAUUGAGCAUCAAAGAAGAAAGGUCAAACUUUCUUCCAUGCUUGAUGAGGUGGAUCGGAGAUAUAACCACUAUUGUGAGCAAAUGCAAAUGGUGGUGAAUUCUUUUGAUUUAGUGAUGGGCUAUGGAGCGGCGGGGCCAUACACUGCAUUAGCACAAAAGGCCAUGUCUCGCCAUUUUCGUUGUUUAAAAGACGUGAUAUCGAGCCAAUUGAAUCACAGCUGCGAGUUAUUGGGAGAGAAAGAUCCGAGUACUUCUGGUGUCACGAAAGGCGAGACACCGAGACUUAAGUUGUUGGAACAAAGCCUGAGACAACAAAGGGCAUUUCAUCAAAUGGGCAUGGAACAAGAAGCUUGGAGACCUCAAAGAGGCUUGCCUGAACGUUCUGUCAACAUUUUAAGAGCUUGGUUGUUUGAGCACUUUUUACACCCGUAUCCUAGUGAUGCUGAUAAACAUUUGUUGGCUCGACAAACUGGAUUGUCAAGAAAUCAGGUUUCAAAUUGGUUCAUAAAUGCAAGGGUCCGGUUGUGGAAACCCAUGGUGGAAGAAAUGUACCAACAAGAAAGCAAAGAAGAAGAAGGUGACCACCAUCAAGAUCAUGAAAACCUAGACCAAGAAAACAACUCAGAAAACAACAUUAAUUACAAUAAUAAUCAACACCAAAAUGGUCCACCUUCAUUAUCUUCUUCAUCUGCACUUGCACAAACUCCAAUGCCUCCACCUCUACUACCACCAGCUACCACCACUGCACCACCAGCAACAAGAUCCGAAAUCAAUGACCCUGAAAAUGACCCAUCAAUCCUUGCAAUCAAUACUCAAAACUGCUACUCAGAAAACCAAGCUACUGCCAUGUCAUACACUUACACUCCUAUCAAUCUCCCCACAACCACCACCACAUCCACUGGAAACACUACCACGGCCCUGCCACCCUUUCCGGCCACACAUGAGGCCGACACCUGCCGCCGUGAUGAUGCGGCGGACAUAGGUUCGACACUGAUAAGAUUUGGAACCACUGCUGGUGACGUGUCACUCACAUUAGGGCUACGUCACGCCGGAAACCUACCGGAGAAGACAUCGUUUUCAGUUAGAGAGUUUGGGGGGUGUUGAAUAUUUGUUACGUGUCUAUAAGGUACCUAGUAAUUUAAAUUAAUAUUUUUAGGCAAAUGUUAUACCGAGAAGAUCAUAAUUUUCUUUCUUUUUUGUUACUCUAUAUAUAUUUUCUACAUGUAAAACAAAAAAUCUGAAAUUGUAUAACAUGGUAAAACCAAAAAGGUAGUAGUGUAUGUGUUAAUAACACUAUUUGGGUCUAUUAUAAUUCUAUAGCACUAUAAUAUAACUAGUACGUACUUACCAUGUAUAUUUCUUGAUUUUCUCAUGUAUGAAAUUAACGUUUGCCC